AUGAAACUCUAUGAUCUACCAACGGAAUUGUUGCAAGAAAUUUUCAGUUUUCUCUUUAAUUUGAGGGAGAGCAAGAAGACUCUCUAUAAUUCGCUUAUUGAGGCAAGACAGUCGCUUCAACAAAUUUGUCAAAUGCAACAAGUUUGUACUACUUUUCGAUCAUCGGAGGAAAUUAUUGAAUUAUUUAAUGAUUUAAUGUGGAGUUUAUUCUGCAAGAGUUUUCCCUCUGCACUGAUCGAAAAUCUAGUCGAAUUGUGUGGUGAUGAAUUUGAGGAGGAAAUUCUAGAGCCAAUUCGGAAGAAACAUUUGAUGAGGAAAUACAUUACUGGAUUGAUGAGAAAAAUUGGAAAAUUAUCUUCAUCAAGCGAUAAUUUAAAAGUAUUAUUUCUUGGUAAAUAUUAA